AAUUGGUCAAAUGUCGAAUUAUUUAGGAAGAGAUUUGUCACGUCAUCUUUUGAAUGAGAAGGGAUUAUUCGCUGCCAGAUGGUCUCUUGAAGGAGAAGAUAAAGAGAAUACACCCAUAGUAACUAAUCUGUUAUAUCCGAAUGGGAAGAUAUCUAUCUUUUAUGAGAACAAUAUUUUUGAAAUUUCAAACACUACAGUGUACGGAAUCCGUGGAUUCUUUCAAUGUAAAACAGGUAAGACAGAACAUGAGAUAUCUGUUCCUUCAAAAUGGAUCAAAACUGGCACGUUAGUGGAGUAUGAAGUCAUUGGCACAAUUUGUCCAAUACACAAUUCAUUUGAAGCAUGUCGAAAAGCAACAACAUCGAAUGUAAAAUGUAUUUGGUGUGAGAAAUGGAACACGUGCAUCGACAGUCAUCAUCAGGAUAAUCAUUUCUUUAAAGUGAAUGAUUGCCAUUUUAAGAGCCCGGAUGUUAACGAUGUAACUACUACUACUACUACUACUACUACUACUACUACUACUACUACUACUACUACUACUACUACUACUACUACUACUACUACUACUACUACUACUACUACUACUACUACUACUACUACUACUACUACUACUACUACUACUACUACUACUACUACUACUACUACUACUACUACUACUACUACUACUACUACUACUACUACUACUACUACUACUACUACUACUACUACUACUACUACUACUACUACUACUACUACUACUACUACUACUACUACUACUACUACUACUACUACUACUACUACUACUACUACUACUACUACUACUACUACUACUACUACUACUACUACUACUACUACUACUACUACUACUACUACUACUACUACUACUACUACUACUACUACUACUACUACUACUACUACUACUACUACUACUACUACUACUACUACUACUACUACUACUACUACUACUACUACUACUACUACUACUACUACUACUACUACUACUACUACUACUACUACUACUACUACUACUACUACUACUACUACUACUACUACUACUACUACUACUACUACUACUACUACUACUACUACUACUACUACUACUACUACUACUACUACUACUACUACUACUACUACUACUACUACUACUACUACUACUACUACUACUACUACUACUACUACUACUACUACUACUACUACUACUACUACUACUACUACUACUACUACUACUACUACUACUACUACUACUACUACUACUACUACUACUACUACUACUACUACUACUACUACUACUACUACUACUACUACUACUACUACUACUACUACUACUACUACUACUACUACUACUACUACUACUACUACUACUACUACUACUACUACUACUACUACUACUACUACUACUACUACUACUACUACUACUACUACUACUACUACUACUACUACUACUACUACUACUACUACUACUACUACUACUACUACUACUACUACUACUACUACUACUACUACUACUACUACUACUACUACUACUACUACUACUACUACUACUACUACUACUACUACUACUACUACUACUACUACUACUACUACUACUACUACUACUACUACUACUACUACUACUACUACUACUACUACUACUACUACUACUACUACUACUACUACUACUACUACUACUACUACUACUACUACUACUACUACUACUACUACUACUACUACUACUACUACUACUACUACUACUACUACUACUACUACUACUACUAUAGCUAAUAAUAGUAGUGUGUUUAAAAAGAGGCAAACCAAUGAAUAUAUCUAG